AUGGAGAAGUACGAGCGGAUCCGAGUGGUGGGGAGAGGUGCCUUCGGGAUUGUGCACCUGUGCCUGCGUAAGGCGGACCAGAAGCUGGUGAUCAUCAAGCAGAUCCCAGUGGAGCAGAUGACUAAGGAAGAGCGGCAGGCAGCCCAAAAUGAGUGUCAGGUCCUUAAGCUGCUCAACCACCCCAAUGUCAUUGAGUACUACGAGAACUUCCUGGAGGACAAAGCCCUCAUGAUUGCCAUGGAAUAUGCACCAGGCGGCACCCUGGCUGAGUUCAUCCAAAAGCGCUGCAAUUCCCUGCUGGAGGAGGAGACCAUCCUGCACUUCUUUGUGCAGAUCCUGCUUGCACUGCAUCACGUGCAUACCCACCUCAUCUUGCACCGGGACCUCAAGACCCAAAACAUCCUUCUUGACAAACAUCGCAUGGUCGUCAAGAUUGGCGACUUUGGCAUCUCUAAGAUCCUUAGCAGCAAGAGCAAGGCCUACACGGUGGUGGGCACUCCAUGCUACAUCUCCCCUGAACUGUGUGAGGGCAAGCCCUACAACCAGAAGAGCGACAUCUGGGCCCUGGGCUGCGUCCUCUAUGAGCUGGCCAGCCUCAAGAGGGCCUUCGAGGCUGCGAACCUGCCAGCGCUGGUGCUAAAGAUCAUGAGCGGCACCUUUGCACCCAUCUCUGACCGGUACAGCCCUGAGCUGCGCCAGCUAGUCCUGAGUCUGCUCAGCCUGGAGCCAGCGCAGCGGCCACCACUCAGCCACAUCAUGGCGCAGCCCCUGUGCAUCCGUGCCCUCCUCAACCUCCACACAGAUUUGGGCAGCGUCCGCAUGCGGAGGGCAGAGAAGUCCCUGGCCACCGGGCCACCCAUGGCCCCUGGCAGCACAGGGAGCAGGACCACCAGUGCCCGCUGCAGGGGUGUCCCCCGGGGACCUGCACGGCCAGCCAUUCCACCACCGCUGUCAUCCGUGUACGCGUGGGGUGGGGGGCUGAGCGCUCCUCUGCGGCUGCCAAUGCUCAACACAGAGGUGGUCCAGGUGGCCACUGGGCGCACACAGAAGGCUGGUGUCACACGCUCUGGGCGCCUCAUCCUGUGGGAGGCUCCUCCUCUAGGCAUCGGUGGUGGCCCGCUCCUCCCUGGGGCAGUGGAGCAGCAGCAGCCCCAGUUCGUCUCACGUUUCCUGGAGGGCCAGUCAGGUGUGACCAUCAAGCACGUGGCCUGCGGGGACCUCUUCACAGCCUGCCUGACUGACCGAGGUAUCAUCAUGACCUUUGGCAGCGGCAGCAAUGGGUGCCUAGGCCAUGGCAGCCUCAAUGACAUCAGCCAGCCCACCAUUGUGGAGGCCCUGCUGGGCUAUGAGAUGGUGCAGGUGGCCUGUGGGGCCUCUCAUGUGCUGGCUCUGUCCACUGAGCGAGAACUAUUUGCCUGGGGCCGUGGAGAUGGUGGCCGUCUGGGACUAGGCACCAGGGAGUCCUACAGCUGCCCCCAGCAGGUGCCCAUGCCCCCAGGACAGGAAGCCCAGCGGGUUGUAUGUGGCAUUGAUUCCUCCAUGAUCCUCACUGUGCCUGGCCGAGUCCUGGCCUGUGGGAGCAACAGGUUCAACAAGCUGGGCCUGGACCACCUCUCCAUGGGGGAGGAGCCUGCCCCCCACCAGCAAGUGGAGGAGGCUCUGAGCUUCACACCACUAGGUUCUGCGCCCCUGAACCAGGAGACUCUGCUGAGUGUGGACCUAGGCACUGCUCAUUCAGCUGCUGUGACUGCCUCUGGUGACUGCUAUACUUUCGGCAGCAAUCAGCAUGGGCAAUUGGGUACCAGUGCUCGCCGGGUCAGCCGGGCACCCUGUCAAGUGCAAGGCCUCCAGGGCAUCAAGAUAGCAAUGGUGGCCUGUGGGGAUGCCUUCACUGUAGCCAUUGGGGCAGAAGGUGAAGUAUAUUCUUGGGGCAAAGGGGCCAGAGGUCGACUGGGAAGGAGGGAUGAAGAUGCUGGACUCCCUCGUCCAGUGCAGCUAGAUGAGACACACCCCUACACAGUGUCUUCUGUGUCCUGUUGCCAUGGAAACACCCUCCUGGCUGUACGCCGUUCAGGGCCCAGUGUAGAACUGGGAACAGAAGUGGAUGAUGCUUGUUGGAGGCUCUGUUUCUGGGAGGCUGCAGAGGUUUCUCUUUUGUAUUCUCUAGCUGUCACAGAUGAGCCAGCUCCCCCGUAA